CAAACAUCAGCCCUCCAGCAACGCAUCAACGAGAAACGCGCCGAACUGGAGAACCUUAAACAACUACGGGAACUUAGUGCUGGCCUUGCUGGUCAGAUGGAACAGCUAGAGGAGAAAUUGUCCACCCUUUCGGAUGGUACUCAGGCCAUUGCGACCGUUCUUUCCAACUGGCACACGGUGCUCAGAGCCAUUCACAUGGCAUCCGCACACAUUGCAAAGCCUGCCCAAGAAAGCGAAUCUGAAGCCGAAGCUCAACUCCCUCUGCCCCAAACGCUUGUCAGAAUCCCAAUGCAGCACGUCGACCAGUCCGAACCUGCCCAAUCCGAG